AUGGUCAAGGCUGUUGUUCUCGGAGCUUCUGGUGGCAUUGGCCAGCCUCUCUCCCUCUUGCUGAAGGCUAGCCCUCUUGUUGACGAGCUUGCCCUUUACGAUGUUGUUAACACCCCCGGCGUCGCUGCAGAUCUCUCCCACAUCUCCUCGGUUGCCAAAAUCACCGGCUACCUCCCCAAGGACGAUGGAUUGAAGCUUGCCCUGACCGGUGCUGACGUCGUCGUGAUCCCAGCCGGUAUCCCCCGCAAGCCUGGUAUGACCCGUGAUGACCUUUUCAAGGUCAAUGCCGGCAUUGUCAAGACCCUUGUCGAGGGCAUUGCCCAGUUCGCCCCCAAGGCUUUCACUCUCGUCAUCUCCAACCCCGUCAACUCUACUGUCCCCAUUGCCGCUGAGGUUCUGAAGGAUGCUGGUGUCUUCGACCCUAAGCGCCUGUUCGGUGUGACUACCCUGGACGUUGUUCGUGCCGAGACCUUCACUCAGGAGUUCUCUGGCGUCAAGAACGCCUCCGAUGCCACUAUCCCGGUCAUCGGUGGCCACUCCGGCGAGACCAUCGUCCCCCUGUUCAGCAAGGUCUCCCCUAGCUUCCAGAUUCCCGCUGACCGUUACGAUGCUCUUGUCAAGCGCGUCCAGUUCGGUGGUGAUGAGGUCGUUCAGGCCAAGGACGGUGCUGGUUCCGCUACCUUGUCCAUGGCAUUUGCCGGUUUCAGAUUUGCCGAGGCCGUCAUCAAGGCUUCCAAGGGCGAGAAGGGUAUUGUUGAGCCUACUUUCAUCUACCUGCCCGGUGUUGCCGGCGGUGACGAGAUUGCCAAAGCCACCGGUGUUGAGUUCUUCUCCACCCCCGUGGAGCUCGGUCCCAACGGUGCCGAGAAGGCCAUCAACAUCCUCGAGGGCGUAACCGAGCAAGAGAAGAAGCUUCUUGAGGCUUGUAUCACUGGUCUUAAGGGCAACAUCGAGAAGGGCGUUGAAUUUGCCAAGAACUCACCACCAAAGUAA